AAAUGGUGACAGUUGAAAGUUGAAACAAAGGUCCGGCACCCUAUUUAAUUCUUUCCAUUUCUCUUUUAUUAACUCUGAAGAACCAACCACAGCGAAGCUCCCAUACCCAAACCAAUUCAAGGCAGGUAUGUCCCAUCCCAUAAUCAUGGAUUCACUCCUCAAGUUCUUCUUCAUUACAGUUAUUCUGCUUCUCUCCGCUGCCGUAAGAGAAAUACAAGGCGAUGCUAUGGUCACUGGUACUGUCUUCUGCGACCAAUGUAAAGAUGGGCAGAGAAGCUUCUUUGAUUACCCACUCGACGGGGCGAAGGUGGUGGUGGCGUGUGGGGGAAAUGAUGGGCAAGUGACGAUGUGGAAGGAAGAGACGACCAAUAUGAUGGGGAGUUACGCGAUGAGGUUCAAUGGAAGCCCGGAUUUGAGGGGUUGCUACGCCCAGGUGUCGGGAACCAACUCCGCCGCAGGCUGCGGUGCAUCGGCAGGGCCUCCCAAGAAUUUGAAGCUCAUGUUCGAGAUAUUUGAUAUGGCUUUCUACACUGUGGAUGCCUUGAUCUCUCAGCCUGCCCAGCCUAUGCCCUUCUGCCCCAAUAGGACUUCCAACCCGACCACAAACCCGAUCCCGACUCCAACUCCAACACCGAACCCAACACUGCCGGUACCCGGCCCUCCACCUCCAACUGUCAGGUUGCCUCCUCUACCGCCAGCUCCCUUCCUGGAGGCUUCUGCUUGUCCGACACAGAAUUGGUUGAUGCAAGAGUACAGAUGUUACUGGAAGGUGGUGAGCCCUGAAACAAAGGUAGCUGUUGCUUUUGGGCUAAUUGCAGCCAAGAGCUAUGGAACUGAUAUGACCCUACAAGAAGGACUUCUAGGAAGGGGAGACCUUUAUAGGACCCUCCUAAGAGAAGGAACAACUGCACUACUCAACUCUUAUAACAGUAUGCAAUUUCCUUACCCUACACUUGGUGUGAUUGAACACAUGAAUAUGGCAUUACUGGGGUCCUCUAGUCAGGUCCUCUUAACUGCACUUCGCUUUAAGAGGGCUAACUCUGGAUUUGGCAAGGUUGGCUGCAAGUUCACCCCUUGUAAUUGAUAAUAAUAUUAUUGGCCUUCCCAAAACACAAUCUACAAUGAUCCUUCUUUAUAAUUAUUGUUAGUGUUAUAAGGAUUAUCAUCUUUAUUAAUUAUAAUAUUAUUAAGUUGAUCGGCCA